CGCGCCGCCGCGCAGUCCCCGCGCCGCUCCGAGGGCCGCCGGAGCCGCACGUCGGGCCGCCCUCCUCCUCCUCCCCGGCGCCGCCGCCUCUCGCUAUGAAUGCACGCUGGGCUCUGCUCUCCGCCGCCUUGCUCGCCAGCCUCCUCUGGGAUUUACCUUGCUGCCUCCCGGCUUCCCUCUCCGCCGCCCCGGAGCUCGACACCUCCUCCAAGGGUGGACGGGGCCGCAAGGUGCAGCGGUCCCCGCGGGGACACGCCGCCGGCCGGGCGCUCCCACGGGCCGAACCCCACGAGUACAUGCUGUCCCUGUUCAGGACUUACUCCGUUGCGGAGAAACUGGGCAUCAACGCCAGCUUUUUUCAGUCUUCCAAAUCCGCCAACACCAUCACUAGUUUUGUAGACAGGGGACGAGACGAUCUCCCGCCCGCUCCCUUGCGGCGGCAGCGCUACGUGUUUGAUGUGUCGACCCUCUCGGAGUCGGAGGAGCUGGUGGGGGCCGAGCUGCGGCUGUUCCGCCGCGCGCCCCGCGCCCGCGCGCCCGCCGCCCCGCCGCACGUGCAGCUCUUCCCCUGCCUCUCGCCGCGCCCGCUGGGCUCCCGCGCCCUGGACCCGCGGGCGGCGCCGGCCGCCGGCUGGGAGGUGUUCGACGUGCGGCGGGGGCUGCCGGAGCGGCGGCCGUGGAAGCGGCUGUGCCUGGAGCUGCGGGCGUCGGCGGGGCGCGGCUCGCCGCGCUGGCUGGACCUGCGGGGCCUGGGCUUCGGGCGGCGCGCGCGGCCGCCGCAGGAGCGGGCGCUGCUCGUGGUGUUCACCCGCGCGCGGCGGCGGAGCCUCCUGGCCGAGCUCCGCGCCGAGCUGGGCGCGGCCCCGCCGCCCGCCGCCCGUCGCCCGCCGCCCCGGCGCCAGCGCCGCGCCGCCUUCACCAGCCGGCACGGCAAGCGGCACGGCAAGAAGUCCCGCCUGCGCUGCAGCAAGAAGCCGCUGCACGUCAACUUCAAGGAGCUGGGCUGGGACGACUGGAUCAUCGCCCCGCUGGAGUACGAGGCCCACCACUGCGAGGGGGUCUGCGACUUCCCGCUGCGCUCCCACCUGGAGCCCACGAACCACGCCAUCAUCCAGACCCUCAUGAACUCCAUGGACCCCGGCUCCACGCCGCCCAGCUGCUGCGUCCCCACCAAAUUGACUCCCAUCAGCAUCCUCUACAUCGACGCGGGCAACAACGUGGUGUACAAGCAGUACGAGGACAUGGUGGUGGAGUCCUGCGGCUGCAGGUAGCGGCGGCUGUGACCGGCGGAGAAGCGGCGAGAGCCCGCCCGGAGCGCGGCUGGAACGGCGGCGGCUCGGAAGAAGCCCCCUCGGGUCCCGGCCCGGCUCGCCUUCCCCGCCCCGGGGCUCGUCCUCCUCCCGCCGAAGGGGAAGGCGAUUCACCGAGUACAAAGAGAGCCGCGGGAGGGAGAAGGAGAGGGCUGAUCCCUCUCUCUGAAGUUGCUUUGAGGGGGGCUGUUUCAUUUCUGCCCUCUCUCUUCCACAUUCCUGGAAGAUGAACAGCCAGAAAAAGCCCACGGCCCCCCGCCCUCCCCUCCCCCCCGAGGAAAAAGUAGAAAGAGAAAAAGAAAAAAAAAAAAAUUACUCAAGAGUGUAAUUACCGGUUAGGUUUUAUUUGAAGACAGCGAUGACAAACUGUGAAGAGCGAAGUGUUACAGAAAGCACAACCUGGGUGGAUUGGAAAAGGAAACUCCUUCGGAUUCCACGAAGGAUGCCACGGGCAGAUCUCUCGGUGGCUCUGGCUCGGCAGCCCUCGCAACCUGCAGCAGUAUUAUGGGCAAAUGUUGUGCUGGAAAAGGCGUUUUGUGUAAGGUUUCUGUUUCUUUCCCACCUUUGGUCUCAGCUGUGGCUUCACUUGAUUGAAGCGCACUUCGAAGCGCGCCGAGCCCUUUCUUAGUGUAACUAUUGUCCGUAGUUUCAGGCUUUCCCCCACUGAUUUUUAGAAUUGCUGGCUUAUCUGGUUUCACAGAGCUACAAACUGGUGGAAAAAAAUAAUAAUAAGAGAAUAAUAAUAUAAAAUGCUAAUAAAAAGACUCAACCAGGAGCAAUAAUUUAAAAUGCACAUUUUGCUUUGGAUGCACUGUUGUUCAUAUAAAAGUUGUAAAUAUUUGUUUAUUUAAACAGACUGAAAAGUGCAAAAUGGAGAUGAACGACAGGCGUUUCUUUUUUUUUUAAUGUACAAAACAUUAUAUGCACUCAAAAUGUUAUAAUUUCUAAUAUUUUUAAAAGUUUAUAUUUGAGUUGUACAGAAUUAAGCAUUAAUCAAAUAUUUCAUCCUUACUUAACAUUAUCAUUUCCUUAAGAUAUUAUUACAAGAUUUAAAUUCUGUGAUAAUAAUGGAG